AUGGAAUGUGAAUUCGAGGCCCUUCAGAAGCCUAUUUCGGUGAAAUGGCUUCAUAAUGGUCGUGAACUAAUGCUAACAGAUCGUCACGAAGUCGCCUUUUCUGAGGAAAGCGGAGUUGCGAAACUGAAAAUUGUAAAUGUCACUCCUGAGGAUGCCGGCGAGUACGCUUGCGUUGUUGAUUUUGUCUGCACUGUUCCGGGGUCUGAAAAUCCCGAACACAAAACUAUUGUUACCAAAACGGUAACAGAUGUCACUGAUAAAACGUUGGUUGUCGAAUUGACGCAAGAGGUGGAGAUUGAGGAAGAAGAAGAUGAAGAAGAACACGAAGAUAAAGAGAAACAGGAGGAUAAAGUGGAUGAGCUUGUGACUGAUUCGCAAAUUGGAGCAAGUUCGCCGAUCUUUGAAGUUGAACUUACUCCCGUCAAAGUAACUGAAGGCGAAGAAAUCUACCUCUCUGCUGUGGUUAAGGGUAGUCCUCAGCCACAAGAAGUAACCUGGAAGCACAACGGUGCUGUUCUUCAGCCUGUCCUUGCGGAUGCAGCCAUCUUCUACGUUCCAGAGCGUGGCCUUUGUGAGCUAACUAUCUCUGAGGCCUUUUUAGAAGACGCCGGCAUUUACGAAAUUGAAGCUGUAAAUCAAUAUGGAGUGGCAGUUUCCCAGACUGAGGUUCUUGUUGAGGCCUUGGGAGAAACUAAACAGAUCGAGACAGAGAAAACAAAGUAUGCCCAAGUAGAAACAGAAAAGCAAGAAUUCCAUUCCGGAGACACAUCCAUGGCAAUUGAAGAAGUCCCAGAACGGAUUCCCGAUAAGGUCAUUGAGAUGGCGUGGUUCGAGGUGUCUGAAAGUGGUCGGAUGGAAAUGCCGCACGUCAGUACUGACACAGUUGAUUUUCUUGAAGAGUCGAUAUCGGAAGAGGAAGUCGAAGAGAUGGAGGAGGUGAAGGAGGAGAAGAAGAAGCCGACCGUAACAGCAGCUGAGGUGGAGGCCACAACGAAGGCCCUAGAGGUGGUGGAGCAGCCCGAGGUCACUGAGGAAGCACCAAAAGUGGUCGACGUGAAGGAAGAAGAAGGGGUUGAGAAGAGGACAAAGGUGACAGUUGUUGGUGUAGAGGUCGACAGGCCUGAGGUCAAAAUUCCUUCUGCGCCUGUCAGACUUCGCGCUGAAGUCAUCCCAAAGAAGUCACCCAUUUCUUCCCAAUCGGUGGAAUUGACUUGGGAUUCUGCGUUUAUUGGUAGCCCUUCUGACUCACCCUCUGAAUAUAUCAUUGAAAUGAGGCGGAAAGGAUCGUCCGAGUGGACUGAACUCACAGUAGUGAAAACUGCCAGCAGAAAAUGUUCUCUCACCACAGAGCGGAUGGCUGAGUUUACUGAUUACGAGUUCCGCCUAAUCGCCAAGAACUCUGCUGGAAGAAGUGAACCUUCGAAUACCUCAAAUCCUAUUACUCUGGAUCAGACGGCAGAUAAGAACAAUGCAAAUCAACUCUCCUAA